CCACGGCGGUGCCCUUCCCCCAGGCCCGUCUGCCAGGCUUGCACCCCCAUUACACCAGCCUGCGCCCAGGGGGGCUGCCCACAGGCUUGGGAACUACACGUGUGGGACGGUGCAGGGAAAGACUGUAUCGUAAGGGGAGGGGGGAGCAUUAAGGCUCCUCGGGUAAACUUCAUUCUGACCUUUCCUGACCUUUGAUUGCUGACGGCGUGACCUGAACAGUUAUUUCAUUUGUUCCUGUCCUUAACUCACCCUAACAUUUUGCACAUCUCCAUCAUCACAAAAAAACCCUCCACCCUCCAGUACCUCUUCACAGGCUGUUCUCCUAGCAGCAACUGCCUGAUCAGCUUACCAGCAUACUUUAGGCGACUCUUUUCCUGGGCAACGUACAAAAUGAGUGGCAGCAGGACCAUUCUGUGAAAGAAGCAGCAGUUCCUCAGUCCACUUGCUGUUCCAAGGUCCACGCAGCCUGGUUCCUUCAUCUCUCUGUAGGUACAAGGCUGAGAUGAGAAAAGAGUGCCUGGUUUGAUGUAAUCUCAGCAAGGAUUUUGGUCAAGGAAGAUGGUGCUGGACUCGGGGACGCAGUCGUAUGAGCGGCAUCGCAAUGUCCUGAGCGCCAGCCCCCAGCGUGAGAGGGAUGGGAAAAAGUUCUCUGAACACAAUGGGCUGCGACUCUAUUCCUACCUCUCCCCUUCGCCAUCUCCAGAUUCAGACCCUACCCACCUGGGCCAAAAGCUCAAAAUGCCUCCUAGGCGCAAGUGCUCCAAGGUCUCAGAAGCAAGGCCUGAGGUCAGGCGGCUGUCACAAACCUGCUCUGCCUGCCCAAGUCCCUGCAGCUGGAUGCGCCGUAGCGAGAGCACCUGCACUGUGAAUAGCAGCGGCCGGGCACGUGCACAAAUCCGCAGUGCAGCUUCCCUGCCUCAUAUUGCCAGGCCAAAGGUUGAGGAGAUCAGCGUCAGCAGGAGGAGUCCUUGCCUGCUGGUGGCCCUUAGGCCUUUGAACGUUGACAAGGAGAGAGAGAAGUUCUUCCAGUCUUGUUAUACUUACAACCCACAGUUUGAGUAUGAGGAGCCUGUCCCUACGGCUGUGCUGGAGAAAUACAGACAUGCAUCAGACCAGUUCAUUACACAGGCAACUGGGAUCAUUCAUGCCGUCCUGGAGAAGUACGGCUCUUAUGAGCGCUUUGAAGUGGCUACUGGUGGAAGAGUGCUGAGCAAGUGCCAAAUCUGGUCUAUUAUCCGGAAGUACAUGCAGAAGGAGGGCUGUGUGGGAGAGGUGGUCGUUCAUCUGACCGAGGACCUCCUGUCCCAAGCUGUGAUGAUGGUGGAGAACAGCCGGCCCACCCUGGCGAUCAACCUGUCCGGAGCCCGGCAAUACUGGCUGGAGGGCAUGCUGCGCCACGAAAUAGGCACUCACUACAUCCGUGGGGUGAAUAAUGCCCGCCAGCCUUGGCACAGCAUGGAGGGCCGUAAGCGGUACGGCCUGAAGCCUGCUAACCCCACAGAAGAAGGCCUGGCUAGUCUGCACAGUGUCCUCUUCCGUAAGCAGCCCUUUCUGUGGCGGGCAGCACUGCUCUACUACACUGUCCACCAGGCCACUCACAUGUCCUUCAGCGCGCUCUUCCAGCACUUAGAGCAGUACGUGCAGGACGCCCUCGUCCGGUGGGAGUACUGCGUGCGGGCAAAACGAGGCCAGACUGACACCUCACAGCCAGGCUGUUUCAGUAAGGAUCAAGUGUAUCUGGAUGGAAUUCUCCGCAUCCUGAGGCAUCGGCAGACUAUUGACUUCCGGUUGCUGGCAGCACUGGGCAAGGUCUCCUACGAAGAUGUGAAUCAGCUGAAGAAAUUUGGGGUUCUGGAGAAGGCACGAAUCCCCCAUUUCAUGCAGGACAUGGAACGGUACAGGCAGCAGCUUGACCACAUCAUCGCCACCAACAGACUGAAUGAGGAGCAGCUCGAGCAGUUGCUGCCGGGCUGACCAGGUCUGCAGGGUCCUGACCUGCCUGCCCCUGUGGCAGUGUCCCACUUCCCAGGUCACACUACCUUGCGGACAGGAAGCCUUAGGCACAAAAAGGAGUUGUCUUGUGUGCAUGUCUGAUUGCAGCCGUCCAAAGCAUUUAGGGUGCCCAGGGGUCUGUGUAUUAUUCAUUUUGUGACUGUUCGGCAGGUCAGUCCUGACCGGGAGGAGGCUGUCAUUUCAGAGCUUCCUCCCAGCCAUUCAGCAUUGGGUCCUGCAAAGGGAGAGCUGGUCGGGUGGGGGUUCCUGCAGCAGGCCACAGCUUAGCAGUAUGGAACGCGGUGGUGAGGGUGGGGGGAGGGGACGAUGGCUAAGAUGCAUGCAAUGCCACAGGAGGGAACUAGCACCACAGGUGCUUGGGGGGUGGGGUUUUUAAAUGCUGUUGCUGGGAGAGGGCGCAAGGAAGGAUGAUGGAAGAUAGUUAAACAAAUCCAAGGUGGAGAACAGAAAUGUUCUAUAGGAAUCACUGAGAGGACGGUGAAGUCUGCAGAUCAUAGAUUAAAACCCUAGGAGGGAGCGGUGGAUUGGUCAGGGAGGGUGGAAGGAUGUGAGGUGUUGGAGGAGCAGAGCCGGACGAGUGCUGCACUCCAGGAGAGGGUGAAGGAGCACCAGGGCUGUUCUCGUCUAUAUUGGUUCUUGUCCUGUGCUCAUCGCUGCAGUACCUGGGCAGAGGGGAAACCAUACAGCUAGGAGUGACUUCUCUAGCUGGGGAGAGGGGACUGGAUAUUAUUAAAGAAAUCAAAUGUAGGCUGCAUGCCAUGAAAAGCUUCUGCCAGCGCGAUAUUCCCUCAUCAGGAGGUGCUCUGGUCAGCACCAGAACUCAGUCAGCUGCUUCUUUGCUUCCCACCCAGACAUUGCCUGUAAAAAUGCCUUUGCCCCUGACCAUUCCUCAGCUGUAAGGAAGAUUUUAAUCCCCCCAAUAAAGAUUUUUUUUCCACUCGUGUUUACAUGGGAAGUGUCAGUGAUGCUGGAGGCCUCACUGGGGGACUAGCGAAGAAACGGGGGAUGGUGUCACCCAAGAACUUGAAAUCUGAGCACCAGCUUUCUGGUAGUGCUGGGGGACUAUUGUGAAUGGUCCCUGCCCAGUCAGUGGUAGUUCAGUGAGAGUGGCCAGUUCCAUUCUGAACGUCCUUUCUCCAUUGCUUAGAACUUUGUCA